ACGUACAUGACACUCCCCAGUCUUAACUGUCCCACUGCAUUCGGCAGUCCACAAUUUGUAUUUCUACUUUUUCAGCAUAUUCCAAAUGUCUAAUUGCUAGUUCAUUUGGUGAGAUAGUAACAAGAUAAUCCGAGGACAAAAUGGCUCGUUUAAAGACAUUGAUGACAGAAAUACUCUUACACGACAAAAGUGAUCACAGUGCUUUCAGAUCUGAUUUACAGGAUGAAAUAAUUAGCCGUUAUAACCUCUUAGAUGUUUUCAAAGAAGUGUUGGAACAAGAACCAAGUGAAAGAAUAAAGCACCUGGCUGUUUGCAUAGUGUUAUGUGCCAAAGCUACUAAUGAUUGGUUUUUAGGUUCCAUUCAAUCUGCUAUUCGGGACAAAUCUUUUUCUUUAAUGAAAGAUAUUUUUCAUCUAUGUUUAGUUCCCAAGGUUUCAAAUAAGGAACACUACAUUUUUGAUAAAAAUGAUUUUGAAGGUGUAGCAAAUAUGUCGGCUACAGUAAUGUCCAUUUUCAAUAUACUGUUAGAAAAAUUCAGCGAAGAAACCACAAAUGAUCAGUUCCGAGCUUUUUUAUCUCAAAUUUCACCAGAUAUGAUUUAUUUAAUUCUUGAACAUAUCAAAGAUGAUUUGUGGACCUCAGAAUUAUCCAGAUUCAUGGCAAAAAAUCUUCUAAGAUUGAUGAAAUUAUUCUAUGAAUGUGUAUCAGAUGAAGAUUUACUGUCUUGCAACCAAAACUUGACAAAUAAAGAUGCUUUCAAAUCAGUUGACCAUAGCAUUAUGAAUCAAAUACUGAAAAUUUUAAAUCCAAAACUGACCAAAAGCAAUUGGGCGAAAUAUCCCAGUGCUAAGUCUGUCUUUGCAUGGUGCCUAUUCCACACAUCAUAUCCCAACUUAUACGAGAAUUUAGAAAAGGUUUUGCCACCCGCACUUAAUUUCAUAGAUGAUUAUGUAAUGGCAAACAGGAUAAGCGGAAUACAGUGCUUACAGCACAUUAUGGAAAAUGUGUCUGCCGAAGAACUGCGUUGGUAUGGUCAUGCUGAUGUUGUGUACACAGCUCUGAAACAUCAGCUUUAUACAAAUGAAGCGGAGUUGAAUGAAGCAUCUUUUCCAGCCAUAUUGACAAUUCUUAAAAUAGUUGAAAAAAUUCCAGUAGUAUCUGAUAGCCAAAUGGAGAGAAAAACAGCUAAGCAUGAUGAAGUAAUACAAAUUAUUUUACUGAAUGCAGAAUGCGAAAAUAAAAUUAUUCUCCGUCAGAUUGUCACAUCAUUUUUAGGUGAUUUUGUUGAUAUAAUGGGACUUUCUACAGUGAAACACCUUCAAAGAAUUCUAAAGGUCAUUGAAAGUUAUUUAGAAGUUUAUGAAGGGCCUGAAGAAAUAACAAGAAUAAAUGUGCUGAAUUUGCUAGAAAAAGUUUUGAAAAAUACUUGGCCUAGAAUUCCAUCACACAUGGAAAACAUUUUGAGAAUGUUAUUGAAGUUUUUAUGCAGUUUAGCAAUUCAAGACUCAUCUAGAACUGAGACAGUGACAAUGCUUCUGACUGAGAAAGUUACCACAUGUUUGAAAUUGUUGAAAGUGAUAGGGGGAGAUAAGUGUGAAAAAUUGAUUAAAUCUGUUGAUAGUCCAAAAUUACCUCCCCUUUGUAUCAAUGUUCUCAAAGAUGUGCAGUAUUCAGUUGAUUGUACUGGGUGAUAUAUGAAUUUCUGAUGAUUAACAGAUUAAACAAAUGUACAGUGCCAUA